UCAGAGGACACGGAGGGACACAAGCAUCACCGGGAACCGACUGAAGAAGAAUCGUGCCAAAUAUUCGGGCUUCGAUAGCAUGCGUCAGGACGGAUCCAUGCAGAUGGCGGCGACACAAAAAGAAGGUUCUGACCAGAACUUUGAUUACAUGUUUAAACUGCUGAUCAUCGGGAACAGCAGUGUUGGAAAGACAUCGUUUCUCUUCCGGUACGCUGACGACGCCUUCACCUCAGCGUUUGUGAGUACUGUGGGCAUCGAUUUCAAAGUCAAAACCGUCUACAAGAAUGACAAGAGAAUCAAGCUGCAGAUCUGGGAUACCGCUGGGCAGGAGCGAUACAGAACCAUCACCACGGCAUACUAUCGAGGAGCCAUGGGCUUCAUCCUCAUGUAUGACAUCACUAACGAGGAGUCGUUCGGAGCCGUCCAGGACUGGUCAACCCAGAUAAAGACAUACUCCUGGGACAAUGCGCAAGUCAUCCUGGCAGGAAAUAAAUGUGACAUGGAGGAGGAGAGAGUUGUGCCCACGGAUAGCGGCAGACUGCUGGCUGAACAGAUGGGUUUUGAGUUUUUCGAGACGAGCGCCAAGGACAACAUCAACGUUAAGCAGACCUUUGAGCGUCUGGUGGACAUAAUCUGCAACAAGAUGUCGGAGAGCUUAGAGACUGACCCAGCUGUUACCACGGGUACCCAGGGAACGGCACGGUUAACGGAUAACCCUCCUCCACUACAGCAGCCGAACUGUGCCUGUUAGUGCUCAGUUUACAACAUGGUAGCAUCAGUGUGUGUGUGCGCGCCCGUGUGUAACUCCUUUAGAUAGAAGCAUUUAUCCUUUAAUGUCAUAGAAUGCAGGUGCUGGAACCUCUUGAAUCUGAUGCAUGUCAUGAGUCAUGUGACCCUUUAGUAUCCCCACCCCAACCAAUGGGAAUAGAGCUGUCUAGGACAAUAAUAACAGAUCAAACUGCAUUGUAAAUACGACUUCUUAACUCAGAUGUACGAUCUUCCCAGCUGUGUUAUUAUUGUUAACAAAAACGAAACUAAAACUAGAAAACACUGAGAAAAUGAAAAGUGAACUAAAAGGCAAAAAUAAACGUAAAGUGUUUAAAAAUAAAAAUCCAAAAACAUAAUUCUUUCCAGGACUUGAAGUUAUCAUGACGUUUUUUUUAUGCCAUCUUUUGCAAUCCACACCAACCGCUUUUUGUUCAGUGUUUUAGAAUUGAGGAGGGAAAAAUAUCUUUAAAAUUGCUGGUAUGCUACAGUAUGUACAGUAUUUGUUUUGCACUUGUGAGGCAAUCAUUUUUAGGAAUAUGUGACCUGUGGCGACAGGUUUGUUUGCACUGUUGGCCUGUUUUGUUCCAGCACCUUUGCACUAAAUUUGUGUUCGUCUAUAUGAUUUGACAGCCUUGAACAUUGGCGUAUAGUUAAAUGUGCCUAAGUGCGUUUUUAUAUAUUAUUUAAAUUACUUAAUAUGUGACAUAUAUAACUGAAAUAGGUGUCCUCUCUCUGUGACAGACAACUCUUGACUCUAUAAACAGCCCCCCAAAAAGAAAAUCAGCGCUUUUUUAGCUAAUCAGAAAUGCCCUUGUGCAAAGUAUCAGCGGCAGACAAACGCAAGUUCUGUUUUACUUGUUUUACAGUUUUUGUACUGAACCCAAUGAGACAAAUACUUCAGUAACAGUGAAACUAGGGCUGGGUAUCGAGUUUGAUACAUUUUAGGCACCGACCGAAUUGCCUCUAUACAAUUGAGUAUCGAAAAAUGUCUUGUCGUUCGGGACCAAAUAUCGAUACCUAAGGGGUUAAUCUCAUCAACAUCAGCGAUAAGCAUGUAGCAUGCUAGAUGUGCCCAAAUCUAAAAGUGCCCGUUGUGUUUAGGCAUCAAGGGAAAACACUAGUUUAUGCCGGUUAUGCCCAGAGGCUGUAGUGUGUAUGCGUCUCAAACCCCAUACAUGUGAAAGAUGUGGAAAAGAUCAAAAGUGUGGCGAUAUUUCGCCAGGCUCGAUGCCAACAGAGCUCGAUGCAAUAUUUGCGACAAGAAAAUUGCUUCCAAGACCGGCAACAUGACAAUUCUGAUGAAGCACUUGACAGUUAAGAGCAGAAAGUUGCUUCGACUGCAAGUAGAUCGAGCUGGUGCAGUCAUCCUCUUAGCGUCCUCCUGCCACAGAGCCUCAUUCAGAUGCCCACCACUGAGUCCUCCUCCAAAACUACUGAUGAAUGCAGCGGCGUUAUGACUAGGACUCAGACAGGUGAGAUUAACAUUUAGCAAAGAAACCAACAAACAAAAUUGGCUAACUUGUAGUGGUGCAUGCUUGAGUACAUGUUAAAUUAACGUUUCUGUGCUCCUCGGUGACAUAGUCCUAUAAACUGGGACCUACGUAACGUUAGACAUUGUUUGGAUGUAUGGCUAUAGAUAGCUAGCUAAAUCAAUGCUAAAUAUGCUUUAAGGUUGACCGUAACUGACAAGUUUAACUCUUAUAUUGUUAAACCGUACUUAUCCUUAGGGUCAGCUGAAUUAACGGUUUCGCUUUCUUGUUUUGUUUUUCCUCUUCACAUUAAUGUUAUCGCCUCUGCCCCUGCCGACACUGGCAUGAGGAGACCAGAAGGCCCAGGAGAUGAGUCUGUAAAAAAGUCAACAAACUGAAAAAAUAAAACCAAAGUUUUUUGAGGUAAUGUUUGUAAUCUUGUUCAAAUGGAUUUCAUAAAAUUGGUAUCGGGAAAAAUAUCGUUUAGGAACCGGUAUCGAAGUCAAGGUAUAGCACUUUUGUGAACGAUACCCAGCCCUAAGUGAAACUGCGGUAUUUUUUUCCUACUGAGUUGCUACCUAGUAAUACGCCGUUAACAGCUGCCGCUAGUACUCGCGGAUCCAAAUAUUACAAUGCGAAGAGGCCUGUAGGGGCAGGGGAAGAACUCGGCGUCAAACAAUGUGUAAAAACAGCCUCAGAAUGCGUUCUUGCGUGGAAAAAAAAGAAGCUGGAUGCUUGAUUUAUUUUGGGAAAACCAGGUGAUCUGUUACGUCUGUUUCACUCAGCUAAAACAAAAGAAGCGCAAACACCGACACAUGUUUAAACUCAAUAUAGUCACAUAAGCACCUUUCACUCCCCUGUACAUUAAAUGUUACUGCCCAGCCCACAAGCUGAUUUACACGUUUAUAAUCCAUUAUAAUUUACUUUCAUCAAAGUAUAUGUUUAUAUUUUUUUCAAACAUAACUUUGUAACGCAUAACCUUGAAUUACUUGGUUAUUUAUAAACUUGUGCUUUAGUGAACAAGACACGAAAAUGGUAUAAUUGUGUUCGCAAUAAAUUGUAUUGCUUCAAAACCAAAUCUAUCAGCUGUCCCAGCUUACUAGGUGCGCUGAAUUAUUUGCCCACCAGACGGCUGUAAAUUGAACAGUGUCCAGAAGCUUUGAGUCAUGAAGCCGUUUUCAAAACAAUUGUAUUGAUAGUCUUGUUGCUUAAUAAAGUUUUAUAUCCCACAGCGCUACUUAAAAGUUGAACAAGUUUAAGCGGCAGCUUCAAAAUGCGGCACUUCGCCGCAAACGUUGAAAAAACAGUGAGACGUGGUGUAGCAGCUACUGACGUCCGUCUAGCGCAUGCUUACAUUGAAAACAAUUCCAAAACUGUCCAGAUGCAAGAACGCAUCCUGUGUGAAUGGGCCCUUAGUCUAGCGGAAGUUAGCAAAAAUGGUAAAAUUGCCUACAGCACCUUUAAUGCUGCCUUCGCUUGCUAUUGGAAUUAUCGUCAAUAUGAGUUUUCUACUUGGAAGUUGCACAUGAACGACACUAAGUCGUAAUUAUGAUACCCGGGCUUUCAAGUUGGGAGGAGAUGUCAACUUUCAACAUGGCGGAGGAGAGUACGGGUCCUGGGCGCUUGCCAUUUUGGUCAUAUACAUUACGUAUAUCAGCAACUAUUUGAUGCAUAUUGUAUGUUUACACCUAGAAAAUGUAUAUUGGAGCAAUAUUCCAUCACCGUCAGCAACCUGAGGAAAUGUAUUACGGUGUCCCCAAGUAAUAUACAAUAAUGAACUUGGCAUCCUCCGUGUUUCCUGUUCUUACCAACAACAAAGCACUUGAACGCGAUGGACUCGUAAUUACCAUUUCAGAAAUGGGAAGCAGGAUAUUUCUAUCAGGAAGACUUGUAGACUUGAGUGAGAUUUAAGAUGACAUUUAUUUGAUGAAUAUAAAACAGAAAUGUAAUGUCUCUCUUGGGCAUUGGCCCCAUCUGGCGGUCCGAAGAUGUUGUACUCGGGACCGUCAUAUCCUGCCGGAGAUAGGAGGCAGGGGCGAGGAGCCUACCCCCAUGCAGUACGGGGCUCAACUGGUGGUGGUGGGGUGGUGGAGGUUGCCGUGUUAGCACACUGAAUCAGCAAUGUGAUAGAUUGUGAGCAGACUUAUAAAGCAACGGCUUACAUGUGAUUGGCUAGGAGUUACCCCGCUAAUAGUGCGAUGAUGUACAGCUGCUAGUCUUCCCGCUAGAACUACACUGCGCUUACAUUUCUGAAGGCAUCUCCACAUGCAUGUGUCAGCUGUUGAUAAACUAAUCAGCUUGUUAGAGCACGAUCUUCAUUUAAGCGGCAUUAUAAUCACAACAGGAGUUCAACUCAAUAGCAUGCCUACAAAACUGCAUUCACACACACUCAUCACAAAGAUGUGUUUUGCUGACUCCUCACUGCCUCUAAGUUCAGCCAUUUUUGUAGUUCAGGAAUUCAUGCCAUAUUGACGUCUGUUUCGAGUAUUUUUGACGAUUUUAUCCCCAUCUUGCAGCGCCAGUGAUAUUGGCUGCAAAGCUGUAGUGUGGACUAGUGUGUGUGUGUGUGUGUGUAUUCUGUAGAUUAUAUUACGAUUAUUUUACCUAUAUACAUACAAUGAUAUAUUGAGUGUACAUAUUUGUAUUUAUCUUUUUAGUAUAAAUAUAACACGGUUGUGAAUUUAAGUAGCUGUUAAAUACAGGUAAAAGGUGUAUUAGAGUAAAUGUUUCUACACAUGCUAACACUACAAUAUGGUUGUAUAUGCUAACAUUAGUUAAUGCAAUAGUAAUCAGGAACUAAUAAUAAACAAUACUUUUUCAACAUUUAUCCUUGGUUAUUGUUAAUUUCUACAUAUACUAUUACAUUUUAAUAUUGAAAUUCUUACCUUAACAUUAGUUUAUGCAUUAUGAACUUACAAUGAAGUUAUAAAUUAACAUUAGGAUUAAUAAAUGCUGCAAAAGUCAUGUUCAUCAUAAGUUUGUUAUACUGAAGGCAUUAGCUAAUCUUAAUGUAUACAAUGCAUUUGCAAAGUGUUAGAGACGCUGCACAUUUGUUUACUCAACGUAAAUGAAUACACACUGUCUAAAUGUGCUUUAUGAACUGUAUGUCUGAAUAACAGUUGUUGUUUUUUUAUUUCUAGUUGAAGUGAGUUUUCUGUUUAUCACUGUUGGUUCUGUAUCUCUGCUGGCUAAAAAGCUACUUUGUGGAAGUGUUGCUCUCAGCAUUUCCUGUCCCUGCCCUUAUCUUGUUUUAUACUCAUGGCUGGAGAGGAUUCUGUGAUUUUUAGAUGUUUUAAGGAAACUGCUCGGGUCGGGUCGGCACUCGUCUUGUAAGACAGUGCAGUAAUAGCAAAGGAAAUGUCUCUGGCAGCUAUUUUAAGAAGAAGUGAGUCAGUCAUCAAUAUUUCAUGCAGCAAACCUAAUAUGACAUUGGCCUUGAAUUAAUUUAUCUCGUCAUUUAAGUCACUACAGUUGCUAAGCAAAAGCAUUACUAGGGUGAAUAUCACAAAAUGUGUCAUUUCACCUCAGAAUCAAAGAAAAAAAACUUUAUGCAUAAAGAAAAUGAAAUGGCCCUAUUUUUAGGACCACUAAGAUUUGUUUUUCAUUGCUACAUCGUUUCUAUGAAAAUUAAGCAUAUUUCCCACCCAAAUUGUCAUUACUGUAAUGUAAAGAAAAACAUCAUUGUAUUUCAAUAUUUUUCACUAAUACAGUAAAAGCUUAAUUGCAGUAAUGAGAAUCACCAUUGAGAAUAAAAUUACAAGAAAACUAAACAAAAGGAAACCGCGAAACAUUACGGUAAUGAGAAUUUGCGGUAAAAUGUGCUUAAUUGUCAUUAAAUAAUGUAAAAAUGCAAAAAUAAUGUUUGCUCUACAAAUAAAUAUUUAGCAUGAAGAACAAUAAGUCUUUUUUUAGGACCAUUACACAUUUUUUGUUGUCAUUCCUACAUUAUUUUUAAUGCAAUUAAGCACAUGUUUUUGUGAAAUUGAUGUUACAUAAACAUUUUUUUUUUUUACCAAUUUUGAAAGAUUAUAUGCCAUUAAGUUUUUUUUUUUUUUUUUCUAAUAACAGUGUAAAAACUUUAUCACAGUAAUGAAAAUCACUAUGGAGAAUAAUAAAAAUGACCCCCCCCUAAGAAAAUUAGCUUAAUUGUCAUGAAAAAAGUACAGUGCAAAGCAUCAUGUUGGCCCUAAAAAGAAAUAUUUAGCAUAAAGAAAAUUAACACUAUUUUUAAGACCAUUAAGAUUAUUUUCCAUAUUUUUUUUUUUUUUUUAAAUAAUCACUGUAUUUCAGUAUUUUUACCCUGUAAUACAGUAAAAACUUUAUUACAGGAAUGAGAAUCAACAUUGAGAAUAAUGGAAAUGCCAAAAAAUCUUUAAAAAAAAACUAAACAAACAAACGUAGUGACAUUACGGUAAUGAGUAUUGUAGGGCUCUUUGCGUUCCGUGAUGAGGGAAACACGGACAGAAUUGUAGAAUCCAGUCAUAAAAACGAUAUUUACUAUAAAAUGGGGAAUGUCAUGGAAUAUGACAUAUUUGAUAUAAGCAUAAAAUUGUGAUAUUAAAGCAGUUCAUUCGGUUUCCUAACAAAAUAAAAGCUUCAUUUAAUUAAACAUAUAAAAUUGAAGAAAUUGAGAGAGUAUUUCAAUACAAUACAUUUGCUACUUUUCAAUAUUAUUAAAAUGUAUUUAAUGUAGUAAUAAAUAAUGAUAAUAUCAAUAAUAAUUGCAUUGUUUUGAACAAUAUCUCACAAGCAAGAGUGAAAAAAUACAGAAAUAAAAAACACAGAAUUCGGGGAAAAAUAAAACGGAAUUUAGAAUUUUUUUUUAAAGAUUUAUAGCACCAGAGAAUUUGGUGAAAAUGUACUUAAUUUUCAUGAAAACAAUGUAACAAUAAAAAUCUUUAAAAACACACAUUUUCCCUAGAAGGUGUGAAAUAUGAUCAGGACAAGUUCUUGAGAGGUUUUCUGAAAUUCUCCAUUCAGCUUGUGGCAGAGAUUGUCCAAUCACCAUUGUGAUGUAUUAUAAUCCACAUAGAGUUAAAAUCAAAAUAAAAAUGAAUAGCCCUUCAAUGAUAAAACUACAUGAUGUGAUCCGUUUAUAUGUGUGGUAUUGUGAGCGUAGUGCAUUAAAGUUUCUAUAAUGUUAGGCCGACCAUAUCCGGCUCCAUAAAAAACAUAUCACGAUCACAGAUUUACAGUAGACUGAUAAUGUUGAUCUGAGUAAUGCUAGUAGUUCAUCGAUGUGUUCUUAAAAUAAAGAAAACAAAAUCCACCUCGUUUCCCCAUCGCAAGUUACAUUGAGCAUCCCCCUUUGCAUGAGACUGUAAGACAUCUCUAUUUAGAUAACCGUAUCUGUAUAAUCUUAUUUAUUUGUUAUUUUAUGCGUCCCUCAGCUUGGGGGUCGCAGUGGGCCAGCAAGUGCAAUAUUUUGAAACCCUAUCUCUUGUGUGUGUGUGUGUGUGUUGUGAAGCCAUUGAAUGACUGAUUGGAUUGAAUCUAGUACCCUUGUGUGUGUGUGUGUGUGUGUGUGUGUGUGUGUGUGUUGAGGAAGUGUCAAUGAGCGUCUAGAUGUGCCAUGCUGAAUUUGCACACUAUCUUAACCAAUGUGUGAAUGAGUGUACUGCCUCAAUGUUUAAACUGGAAUAUGUUGAAUAUAUGCUGACAGUAAGGCAAAUGAAAAAAGAGUUAUAUAGGUGUGUGUGAGUGUGUAUGGUAGUGUAUUUAAUAAGUAUGGAGAAAAGUAAAUGUAUAUCUUGUCGGCAAACAAUUUCUGUCGUUUUUAUUUGUGUGUGUGUUUGUGUAAAUUACCAUUAAAUUAUAGCAUGUACUGUAUAGGGCUAAAUAUUUUAAAUCACUCUACUGCAGUCAUAUUUCUGGCGGGGAUGUCUGUGGUUUGAGUGUUCGGUAGUUUUAUAAUAGCUGUCAUUUCAUUGCAUAAAACAGCUUUAUGGAAUUUGAAUUUGUUAUGAGCUCAAAAAGGGUGAAAAUGUUAAUGUUACAAAAAAUUUAAUAAAAAAUACUAUGUACCAUGGUUCAGUGAUGGCAUCAGAUGGUAAUCAUACUGAGUACCACUGUACUUAAAAACAAUAAUAAUAAUAAUAAAUAUAGCUGCAAGCAGCGAUACCGGGGUCAGGCCAAUUAUCGGCACCAUGAGCAGCAAAAGAAGCUUUGUGACAUGUUUUUGGUUAGAGUCUGAUGAACAGUGUAUGAGGAGUCAGAGAAAGUAAACUUGCAAUUGUAAAAAAACAUUUGUUUCAAAAAUAAAUAAAAUUGCUAUUUCACUUUUGUCCAGUAUGUGGCACUGUUCUGAAACUGCUGAGACACUAUCUGGGCAUGAUGGUUCUCAUGCAAGAAAGCGUUCAAGAGUUAUAAGCUAAAAUAGCUAUUUUUCUAUAUCCUGACCAAUAUGGGACAGUGUGCCAAAACGCUGCAGGUAACCUUGGGACUUAAUGGCGAUGACAUGUACAAAGUGUCAUCCCAAUCCCUCAAAGUGUUGCGGAGAUACAGCCUCAAGUUUAAUUUUGCGCAUUCUUCGUAGAAUUAAUUGAAGCGUCAUUCGAAAACUAUCGUUUAUCAAAAUUAUGUGAUUAAUUAUUUGUCGUGAGUGCCUCUAGAUGAUGCAGAACAAUUUUCGUGCAAAUCGGAGAAACAGUCUAUGAGGAGUUCGAAAAAGUAUCUUUUCAAAAAAUGUGGUGGACAGGAAGUUUGCUCAAUCAUGCCAUAAUUGGUAUCAUUGUUCUCGGCAUGAACCACGAAAUCUAUCAAGACCAGUCUCAUUACAGUAGGGAAACAGUAGUCCCUUCAGAGCAUGGUGCCAAAGACACAUACCGAGUUUCAUAACGAUACGUCAAGUCGCUCGUAAAAUACAGCAUUUUAUGACUAAAUAAAAAAUGGCCGACGUCCAAAAUGGCCGACAUAAGGAUUUUUCAUAUCGUUGGACUCGCUAUACCCUACUGAAUCUAAUGAGCCCAAUUUGAUGAUUUUAUGACAAACAGUUCAGAAGUUAUAAGCAAAAAUAUGCUUUUUUCAUAUCUUGUGACCAGUAGGGGGCAGUGUGACAAAACGCUGCAGGUACACUCAGGGCCUAAUGGUGAUAACAGUACCAAGUUUCGUCCCAAUCCCUCAAAGCAUUGCAGAGAUACAACCUCAAGUUCAAUGUUGCGCAUUCUUUGUCGAAUUCGUUGAAGCGCCAUUCGACAACGGUAUGGUUUAUCAACAUUUUUUGAAUACGUUUUUGUCGUGAGUGCCUCUAGAUGAUGCAGGACAAUUUUCAUGCAAAUCAGACAAACGGCCUAGGACGAUUUUAAUUUUCAUGACGAUAAUGACGUCAUAGGGUGCAAUCAAAUUGUCUUGAGCCUUGAAAUCAGAGAAAAACAAUUUAGUUUCUAGGACUCACAGUUCAAAAGUUAUUAACAUAAACAUGUGUGCAAGUUUGGGCAGUUGGUGGCGCUAGAGGAUUUGAGGUAGAAACGCCAAAUUUGCUGUGGGAACAUAUCAGACUGUCCUCUAUCUGUGUGCAAUUUCAUAACUUUCCCUCAAGCGGUUCUAUGGGCUACCAUAGACUCAAGAGCAGAAGAAGAAACGGAAUAAUAAUAAUAGGAAAACUAACAAAAACAAUAGGGGUCUGUAGAGUGGAGGAGGGCGGGGCCAGGCUGGAACAACGCACGCCCGGUGCCCAAUCAGCCUGAUGGGGGCGCGCGAGGGAUAAAGGCGGCCGGUGACGAUGGUUCGAGAGAGAGAGAAUGACAUGGAGCUGCUCUGAACAAACAAAUAAACAAACAAACAUGGUGGUUCUAUGGCACUUUUUUUGGUCAGUGAGUUAGACUUCAUUUAUUGUCUGAAUUGUUCAUUGACAACAGAUUUGCAUUCACUUCAUACGGCAAAUGGAUUUCCAUCUCCGCUUGCACAGGAACAUAUUUAUUUUAUUCGUUGUUCUAAAAUCAUUUGAGGCAGUCCUCAAAAUCCAUUCUGAAUCUCAGUUCAUGAUAAGAGUUCAUGUGCCCUACCGUGGGGUUCUGUAUAAAAUCUGUUGGACCUAACUUGUGAUCAUUUAUGACAUUUUGGUUGAAGGAAUCUUUUUUUUCUGUAUGUGUGAAGUUUCUAUGAAUAAGUGUAUCAUUUAUUGUUAAUACCAAUAAAUAUUACUAUUGUGUUGAUACUCAAGUUCUCUGCUACACGAAUUACUAAAACUAGUGAGUUUUAAACUUUGAACACAAUUUUUAGUUUUAGAUGUUUUUAUAUUUGUUUUAUAAGAACGUUAAUAGGAGACAUAAAGUUGUUCUU